CCGUCGGCAGUCGGGGCGGCUUGGGCGGUUGUCUUGGAGAAGCAAGAUGGCGGCGACGGCGGCCGCGGUGGUGGCGGAGGAGGACACGGAGCUGCGGGACCUGCUGGUGCAGACGCUGGAGAACAGCGGGGUCCUGAACCGCAUCAAGGCUGAACUCCGAGCAGCUGUGUUUUUAGCGCUAGAGGAGCAAGAAAAAGUAGAGAACAAAACUCCUUUAGUCAAUGAGAGCCUGAAAAAGUUUUUAAAUACGAAAGAUGGCCGGCUGGUGGCGAGUCUCGUUGCCGAAUUUCUUCAGUUUUUCAAUCUUGAUUUUACCUUGGCUGUUUUUCAACCUGAAACUAGCACAUUUCAAGGUCUCGAAGGUCGAGAGAAUUUAGCCCGAGAUUUAGGAAUUAUUGAAGCAGAAGGUACGGUGGGUGGACCCUUAUUAUUAGAAGUGAUCAGACGCUGUCAACAGAAAGAAAAAGGGCCAACCAGUGGGGAAGGUGCACUAGAUCUAUCUGAUGUACAUUCUCCACCAAAGUCACCAGAAGGAAAAGCAAGUGCACACACUCCUCCCAGUAAGAUACCAAGGUAUAAAGGACAAGGUAAGAAGAAGCCAAGCAGGCGGAAGUCUGGUGCCAAGAAGGCCAGCAAUGAUGCUAGUCAGAGUGAUACCAGUAUCUCAUCAUCAGAACCAAAGAGCAAAAGUAGUCUUCACUUACUGGCCCAUGAAACAAAAAUUGGAUCCUUGUUAAGCAACAAAAGUCUAGAUGUCAAAGACAAAGCUGGUCCUUGUCCAGAUGAAGAUGAUAUGGAAGGAGAUUCUUUCUUUGAUGAUCCCAUUCCUAAACCAGAAAAAACCUAUGGUUGGAGAAGUGAACCUAGUAAGCAAGUAGGAAGCCUUGCAUCGCUCUCGGACGCCCCCCCCUUAAAAAGUGGACUCAGCUCCCUUACUGGAGCUCCCUCAUUGAAAGACUCUGAAAGUAAAAGGGGAAACACAAUUCUGAAAGAUCUUAAAUUGGUCAAUGAUAAAAUCGGAUCACUUGGUUUAGGGACUGGAGAGGAAGAUGACUAUGCUGAUGAUUUUAACAGUACCAGCCAUCGCUCAGAAAAAAGUGAGCUAAGUAUUGGUGAAGAGAUCGAGGAAGACCUCUCUGUGGAAAUAGAUGACGUCAAUACCAGUGAUAAACUUGAUGACCUGACACAGGACCUGACUGUGUCCCAGCUCAGUGACGUUGCGGAUUAUCUGGAAGAUGUUGCCUAGGCGAUGAAAGAAGGAAGUAUUCUAAUCGGCAAAGGGACAAAGGACUCUGAUCAGUUCUUUUUUUUUUAUCCUGGACAAUCUCUCUUUGCUGGAAUGUCUGCUCCCUGUUGGUGCCUGUGUUCCAAAAAGAUUACAGAUAUUAAAAAAAAUUAACUUUUGGG